AUGACAUCCCUGGUCCCCGCAUUAGAUCUCAUCGCAGCUCGUGAUUCGAUUAAAUCUACGACGGCCAAGAUCCCCGUAUCACCUACUACAGUAGUAACCUUGGUUGCUCUUACCAUUGUGCUGACCAUCAAAGUAUCUUACAGAGAUUUUUUGAUUUUUUUGAAAGGUCCGGUGACAAGUUAUCCUGAGGAGUCUGGAGCUCGAGGACCAACCGCAGGAUAUGGGGAAAAAGAUCUUCCACCUUACAAUGGUGAUGAUAGCCAGUCUGAAGGACUAGUCCUCGAAAAUGUCGACGGUCUCAAACGUCGACUUUCCGGGAGACAAAUUCAAAUGGUCACGAUUGGCGGUUCAAUUGGUACAGCCUUAUUCGUAUCCAUUGGAUCGGGGCUUACACAAGGUGGACCGGGAUCUUUAUUCAUUGCUUUCAUCUUAUACAGUUGUUUUCUUGGAUUAGUAAACAACUGUAUGGCCGAGAUGUCCAUUUUCAUGCCGGUCAGUGGGAGUUUUGUGAGGAUGGGGAGUAAAUGGGUUGACGAAGCCUUUGGGUUUAUGUUGGGGUGGAAUUUCUUCCUUUAUGAAGCUAUAUUGAUUCCGUGGGAGAUUAGCGCAUUGAAUUUGGUGUUGACCUUUUGGAGUAUCAUCAACCUCUUUGCUGUUAAGUGGUAUGGAGAGAGUGAAUUUUGGCUUUCUGGUGGCAAGGUGGUGUUAAUAGCUAUGAUAUUUUCCUUCACAUUCAUUACAAUGGUGGGAGGAAAUCCAAAACAUGAUGCUUAUGGAUUCCGUUACUGGAAAGAACCUGGUGCUUUUGCCGAAUAUGUCACCACGGGGACUUUGGGAAGAUUUGAAGGAUUUCUCGCCGCAUUAUGGAAAGCCGCAUUCACCAUUGUUGGUCCCGAAUACAUUGCCAUGAUGUCAGGAGAAGCCUCUCAUCCAAGAAAAAAUCUCAAACGAGCUUUCAAGACAAUUUACUGGAGGUUUGGUGUUUUCUUCAUCGGAGGAGCCCUAGCAUGCGGAAUAGUCUUACCAUACAACGAUAAGAAAUUAAUAGCUAUCCUUUCAAGUGGUGGCUCAGAAACUGGAACCGCAGCUUCAAGUCCUUAUGUCAUUGCCAUGCAAAAUCUAGGAAUUGGUGUGCUACCGCAUAUCACAAAUGCGUUACUUGUGACGAGUAUAUUUUCCGCUGGUAACUCUUAUGUGUAUUGCGCAUGUCGUACGUUAUACAGUCUCUCACUCGACGGUCACGCCCCACGUUUCCUCCGAAAAUGUACCAAAUCUGGUGUUCCAAUCUAUUGUUUUUGCGUUACCAUGAUCUUUCCAUUUUUAAGUUUCCUUGCCGUAGGUAGUAGUUCGGCACAAGUCAUCACUUGGCUUGCGAACCUUACCGAAGCUUCGCAAAUCAUAGAUUAUAUUUGCAUGUGUACUAUCUAUAUAUUUUUCUACCGAGCAUUGAAGGUACAAGGUAUUGAUAGAAGCACUUUACCAUAUGUAGGUUGGUAUCAACCUUAUUGUGCGUGGGCUGGUCUCGCAGCAAUGAUCUUUACUGUGGGAUGUUAUGGAUAUACUACAUUUUUGCCUGGAUGGUGGGAUACCGGAACAUUCUUCUCCUACUAUACCAUGGUAUUCGUCUGCCCAAUUCUAUACAUAGGAUGGAAAGUCCUCAAGAAGACCAAGUUUGUCAAGCCAGAAGAGGCAGAUCUUGUCUGGGAAAGACCAAUUAUCGAUGCUUAUGAAGCGAGUGUAGCGGAAAAACAUAUAUCAUUUUGGGGGGAAGUCAAAAUUAUGAUGGGUUUUGGAAAGAUGGAAGAGCAUCUGGAGUGA